CUUUUGAGCUGUUUGUUACUCGUAAUUAACACGUGUGAAUCCUGUCCCUUUCCAUCUUCGCACGCUGGCUUACUUUCCAGACAUCGAUCCUUGUCUUUUUCUCCGAUCACGCAACCAUACUAAUCUCAAGUAUCUCUGCGGCGGCGGAGUAAUCAUGUGGAAGGAAGAAUGGUUAGAUGCAGUACUUGUCCCGGCGGGUCUCGCCGUGAUGGUCGCCUACCAUCUUUGGCUCGGCUACGCCAUAAUCCACCGUCCUAAGCUCACUGUUAUUUCCCUCAACGCUGAAUCUCGAAGACAAUGGGUCUUCUCUAUGAUGACCGAGCCGUUAAAAAACGGGACUUUAGCAGUACAGACAAUAAGAAACAACAUAAUGGCAUCAACACUUUUAGCCACAACAGCAAUCACUCUCUGUUCCAUCAUCGGCGUCUUUGUAAGCAACACCUCUUCAGCUUCCAAAACCACUGCUUCACCUAUCAUAUACGGAAACAAAAGCCCUCUUCUUGCAACCAUCAAGAACUUCGCGAUCCUCGUCUGUUUCCUCAUGGCCUUUCUCUGUAACGUACAGUCCAUCAGGUACUACGCUCAUGUGAGUUUCCUCAUCACGGUUCCUGUCUCGAGAGGUAAAAGAGAGCAUUGUGAGUACGUUUCUAGGAACUUGAAUAGAGCUAGCUACUUCUGGUCUCUUGGACUGAGAGCUUUCUACUUCUCCUUCCCGCUCUUUUUAUGGAACUUUGGUCCUAUCCCUAUGUUUGUGUGUUGCUGUAUGAUGUCCUCGAUUCUUUAUUUCUUGGACACGACUACUAGCUUCACGAGGCAUCUACAUAGCGAGUCGUUUAGAGAGAUAGCUGAGUCUAUGGACGGUGAAAUCGAAUCAGCUGUUCAUGCUCUGUAGCUUUUUUCUGGUGUGGAUGUUCGUUGACUUUCAAGAGUUGUAAUAUUAACGGAGUGUCUUUGAACUGUGAUGGAACAACCUUGGCUGCGUCUGACAACGCAAAUAAACUGUCAAAAUAACAUGUUCUGUAGAAUGUACACUAUGUAAUCUCUUGCACAUUGUUGUCAGUGUAUUUCUUCUUAACUGAAAGUAAUGGUUUGGUUCGUAUAUUUCCUUGUGUUUUCUAGUUAUUAGUUAGCUUCUGUAAAUUACUUUCUUGGUUAACUCAUUGCCUUGACUAAUUAAAAUCUUCUGAACCGAAGUUACAUACACUACAAAAUUGAACUUAGAAAACCUGAAUAAGAAAAACAUGUUUGACAGCGUCUUCCUGAAAUCCAUGUCAAUAAAACUUCUUGAAAUCCCUGCCAAAUUAAUCAAAGAAAGUAUAAGAAAAAGUUGGCAGUCAGAAAUUUCACAAUGCUAUUUUUUUUUUUGCCAAAUAUGUUUCAAAUGAAAUGGCAAAGAAAUACUAGAGAGGCCUUGUAUAUAAAGCUGUUAAAAGCAAAUUAUUAUCCAAGUGUCUGCAAAAAGAUUUUUUAGAAAACAAAUCUCCUAAACAUUUUUUGUUUUUGUCACUGAGAGAAAAAGUGAGCCCAAAAUAAUGGCUUGAUGCUUUACAAAGAGAAAAAAACUUCAAGAGUUUUUUUUUGCUAAAUCAUUGGCAAUUAAAUUUUCGGAUCUAGAAAUAUGAUAGAAGAAAUUGUUACAAAACCAGAGAAAAUGGAUCGGAUGUUUUUUCACAAUUCCGAUGAUUUCUUUUGACUGGAGGUUGCCAAAGAUAGCUCCGAUAAGCGUUAAAAUGUCGAAGAGAAUCUUGAGGGUAGAGAAUUUUAAGGUUAGCGCCAUGCAAGGUGCUGAUCGAAUCGCGAUGGUCUCUGCAAUAAAGGUUAAGCUGAUGAAGUUAUCUAAAAACUGAAGUCCUAACUGACAUAAUUUGACACUGAUAAUCAUGAACGGUGGUUCAGAAGCUACAUAUAAAAAGCUUUGAAACUG